AAACUAAGCUCUAACUAAGUGUGUGUGUUUCCCUCCAGACGUGACCAUGGGCUGCAUCAAGAGUAAAGACGACAAAGGCCCCACCAUGAAGUACCGGCCGGACAAUGCUUCGGCCUCGGACGUCAUCGCCCCCCACGUAGGCCCCUACGGGCCCGACCCCACCCAGCUGCAGCAGAACCAGCCACCUUCCUCUGGGCCCACCACAGGCUUCAACCCCCACGCUAUCACCCCCUUCGGAGGAGCCUCCAUCAUGACCCCCUUCGGAGGGGCAUCCACCUCCUUCACCGGUGCUCUCCCCGGCGCAUUCCCCGGUGCCGUCUCAGGUGAAACUUGCCUACUAUCCACAUAAUCCUAAAUGUAGAUCUUCAAGCAUAGCCUACCGUGAAUUUUCAUGUGAAUCACGUAUUUACAUUUUAGACUUGCCUACUAUUUACAGAAUCCGAACUUGAGAUCUGGAAGCGUAACUCGAGUUUUGGUGCAAUCACCUGUUGACAUCAAUGGAUGAUUUGUGCGAUGCAUGUAUGCAUGUAUCUUUCAAGUGUGGAUUUCUUUUCGUACCUGUAUGCCGUUCUAUCAUAACAACAAUGCUAUAUACAGUGGGGGAAAAAAGUAUUUAGUCAGCCACCAAUUGUGCAAGUUCUCCCACUUAAAAAGAUGAGAGAGGCCUGUCAUUUUCAUCAUAGGUACACGUCAACUAUGACAGACAAAAUGAGAAAAAAAAAUCCAGAAGAUCACAUUGUAGCAUUUUUUUAUUUAUUUAUUUGCAAAUUAUGGUGGAAAAAAAGUAUUUGGUCAAUAACAAAAGUUUCUCAAUACUUUGUUAUAUACCCUUUGUUGGCAAUGACACAGGUCAAACGUUUUCUGUAAGUCUUCACAAGGUUUUCACACACUGUUGCUGGUAUUUUGGCCCAUUCCUCCAUGCAGAUCUCCUCUAGAGCAGUGAUGUUUUGGGGCUGUCACUGGGCAACACAGACUAUCAACUCCCUCCAAAGAUUUUCUAUGGGGUUGAGAUCUGGAGACUGGCUAGGCCACUCCAGGACCUUGAAAUGCUUCUUACGAAGCCACUCCUUCGUUGCCCGGGCGGUGUGUUUGGGAUCAUUGUCAUGCUGAAAGACCCAGCCACGUUUCAUAUUCAAUGCCCUUGCUGAUGGAAGGAGGUUUUCACUCAAAAUCUCACGAUACAUGGCCCCAUUCAUUCUUUCCUUUACACGGAUCAGUCGUCCUGGUCCCUUUGCAGAAAAACAGCCCCAAAGCAUGAUGUUUCCACCCCCAUGCUUCACAGUAGGUAUGGUGUUCUUUGGAUGCAACUCAGCAUUCUUUGUCCUCCAAACACGACGAGUUGAGUUUUUACCAAAAAGUUAUAUUUUGGUUUCAUCUGACCAUAUGACAUUCUCCCAAUCCUCUUCUGGAUCAUCCAAAUGCACUCUAGCAAACUUCAGACGGGCCUGGACAUGUACUGGCUUAAGCAGGGGGACACGUCUGGCACUGCAGGAUUUGAGUCCCUGGCGGCGUAGUGUGUUACUGAUGGUAGGCUUUGUUACUUUGGUCCCAGCUCUCUGCAGGUCAUUCACUAGGUCCCCCCGUGUGGUUCUGGGAUUUUUGCUCACCGUUCUUGUGAUCAUUUUGACCCCACAGGGAGAGAUCUUGUGUGGAGCCCCAGAUCGAGGGAGAUUAUCAGUGGUCUUGUAUGUCUUCCAUUUCCUAAUAAUUGCUCCCACAGUUGAUUUCUUCAAACCAAGCUGCUUACCUAUUGCAGAUUCAGUCUUCCCAGCCUGGUGCAGGUCUACAAUUUUGUUUCUGGUGUCCUUUGACAGCUCUUUGGUCUUGGCCAUAGUGGAGUUUGGAGUGUGACUGUUUGAGGUUGUGGACAGGUGUCUUUUAUACUGAUAACAAGUUCAAACAGGUGCCAUUAAUACAGGUAACGAGUGGAGGACAGAGGAGCCUCUUAAAUAAGAAGUUACAGGUCUGUGAGAGCCAGAAAUCUUGCUUGUUUGUAGGUGACCAAAUACUUAUUUUCCACCAUAAUUUGCAAAUAAAUUCAUUACAAAUCCUAAAAAAAAAAAUCUCAUUUUGUCUGUCAUAGUUGACGUGUACCUAUGAUGAAAAUUACAGGCCUCUCUCAUCUUUUUAAGUGGGAGAACUUGCACAAUUGGUGGCUGACUAAAUACUUUUUUUCCCCACUGUACAGUGCCUUGCAAAAGUAUUAAUCCCCUUGGCGUUUUUCCUAUUUUGUUGCAUUACAACCUGUAAUUUAAAUUUAUUUUGAUUUUGAUUUCAUGUAAUGGACAAAAUAGUCCAAAUUGGUGAAGUGAAAUGGAAGAAAAAAAAUCACCCCCUUUGCUAUGAAGCCCCUAAAUAAGAUCUGGUGCAAACAAUUACCUUCAGAAAUCACAUAAUUAGUUAGAUUGCACACAGGUGGACUUUAUUUAAGUGUCACAUGAUCUGACACAUGAUCUCAGUAUAUAUAUACGCCUGUUCUGAAAGGCCCCAGAGUCUGCAACACCACUAAGCAAGGGGCACCACUAAGCAAGGGGCACCACCAAGCAAGCGGCACCAUGAAGACCAAGGAGCUCUCCAAACAGGUCAGGGACAAAGUUGUGGAGAAGUACAGAUCAGGGUUGGGUUAUAAAUAAAUAUCAGAAACUUUGAACAUCCCACGGAGCACCAUUAAAUCCAUUAUAAAAAAAUUUGAAAGAAUAUGGCACCACAACAAACCUGCCAAGAGAGGGCCGCCCACCAAAACUAACGGACCAGGCAAGAAGGGCAUUAAUCAGAGAGGCAACAAAGAGACCAAAGAUAACCCUGAAGGAGCUGCAAAGCUCCACAGCGGAGAUGGAGUAUCUGUCCAUAGGACCAAUUUAAGCCGUACACUCCACAGAGCUGGGCUUUAUGGAAGAUUGGCCAGAAAAAAGCCAUUGCUUAAAAAGAAAAAUAAGCUAACACGUUUGGUGUUCGCCAAAAGGCAUGUGGGAGACUCCCCAAACAUAUGGAAGAAGGUACUCUGGUCAGAUGAGACUAAAAUUGAGCUUUUUGGCCAUAAAUGAAAACGCUAUGUCUGGCGUAAACCCAACACCUCUCAUCACCCCGAGAACACCAUCCCCACAGUGAAGCAUGGUGGUGGCAGCAUCAUGCUGUAGGGAUGUUUUUCAUUGGCAAGGACUGGGAAACUGGUCAGAAUUGAAGGAAUGAUGGAUGGCGCUAAAUACAGGGAAUUUCUUGAGGGAAACCUGUUUCUGUCUUCCAGAGAUUUGAGACUGGGACGGAGGUUCACCUUCCAGCAGGACAAUGACCCUAAGGAUACUUCUAAAGCAACACUCGAGUGGUUCAAGGGGAAACAUUUAAAUGUCUUGGAAUGGCCUAGUCAAAGCCCAGAACUCAAACUAAUUGAGAAUCUGUGGUAUGACUUAAAGAUUGCUGUACACCAGCGGAACCCAUCCAACUUGAAGGAGCUGGAGCUGUUUUGCCUUGAAGAAUGGGAAAAAAUCCCAGUGGCUAGAUGUGCCAAACUUAUAGAGUCAUACCCCAAGAGACUUGCAGCUGUAAUUGCUGCAAAAGGUGGCUGUACAAAGUAUUGACUUUGGGGGGGUGAAUAGUUGUGCACGCUCAAUUUUUCAAAUGUUUUGUCCUAUUUCUUGUUUAUUUCACAAGAAAAAAUAUUUUAAUCUUCAAUGUGGUAGGCAUGUUGUGUAAAUCAAAUGAUACAAAAUUAAUUUCAGGUUGUAAGGCAACAAAAUAGGAAAAAUGCCAAGGGGGGUGAAUACUUUCGCAUUUGAGACUGCUAUGGUUCCUUCACAAGAACCCAUAUACUUAUUCUCCAACAGAAUAGCUGGUGAUCUGACAACUCAAUAUCUGGAGUGGCUCCAAAGUCCAUCUGCCUUCUGUGUUUCAGCCAAUUAAAAUCCAAUGGUCUAUCAUCUUCUCCAUCUAAAUGUCCGUCAAUCAUGUUGUCCACAGCAACAAAUCAACAAUGAUUGAAAGAUACAUAUUUCUAUAGGUCUGAUAAGGUCCCAAAGAGCAGAGAGAUGAGAUUUAGCCCUCCUGUUUAGGUGGGAUUAGGCUUGUAAUCCCCCUCCCUGUUUUAUCAUCUGGUCUUGGGGGGGGUCCAUGGCACGGUAUGGAGCUCCUCUACAAUUGAAUGGGAUUAGUGUUGGCAGCAUUGUGUUGUUCAGCGGUGGCUUAGAUGAAUAUGAGCUCCAUAUGAGGUGUGUCAGAGACUGGGUCCGAAAUGGCACCCUACGGGCCCUGGUCAAAAGUAGUGCACUAACAUAUAUAGGGAAUAGGGUGCCAUUUGGGACGUGGCCAUAGAUGGUUACCCAUACAAUCUGCCUACUUAUCUAAUCUGUCCAGUAAGCAGAAGGUUUACAGUGUAUUCUGUGUUGACAUUACAGCUGUGAGAUGACCUGUGCUAUGCUAUUAUUCAUGCUUUGUAAUUAUGUUAGAUUUGCACCGAGCUGACGUAAGUAUUUCCCCUACGACGCUAAACAAACAACAACCUUGCUGGAUGAUUAAAUCCGCUCCCCUGUCAGAGCAACCAAGGUAGUAUCCACCCCCCUGUGAAAUGAAUGCCCUACAUGAAUGACAGUAUUUCCCUUUACCCUUCCCAAUGAAUCCAUGGCAGAGCUGGGUUCAAAUACUAUUUGAAAUCUUUGCUUUAGCCUAGAGUGCCAGAUGAGCAGGGUCUGCAGUUUUCAACUAUUCUAUCGAUUCCAUUGCACCAGGAAUGCUCAAUUUAGCCCAGUUUAAGUAUUUCAAAUAAUUUCAAAUAGUAUUUCAACCCAGGUCGUAUCCAGGGCCAAUGGCGUGUCUAUGUUGCUUUCCUGACACGUGGCAGUUUUGUUCAUAUUUUUAUACGCUGGACAUUUCCAUAGAGUAGAAUUACCGGCAGGGAAAAAUCUAUAGGGAGUGUGCAGGCUAGAGAACACGGAUCUAUUGCAACAUUCCUCUCACAACAGUCUGUCACACUACACGCUCACCGCUAUGGAAACUACAGAUAUACUUUCUCUUACUGAUCUCCCAUUGGUCCCUUGAUCUUGUCAUUUUAAUGUUCCUGCUCAUCUUUGCAGCAGAGUUUGUUUCUGUCGAUGUCACUGAAUGUUGACAGUACAAAUCUUGGCACAAAGGUCGCCAGGUAUUUAUAGAAAAUCUUUGUAUCUUUAGUAGGCUAUUAGUAGCUCUGAAUGCCGUCAUAUUCUAACCCAAAUUAGUCAACAAAACGAUUUUUGAGUCUCCUAAAUGUAUAUACUGUCAUUCAUUUCACUUGUGCUUUUAACUUGAAUGUUUUAACUGUGUGUGUGUGUGUGUGUGUGUUCAGGUGGGGUUACGUUCUUUGUAGCCUUGUACGACUAUGAAGCCAGAACUUCAGACGACCUGACGUUCAAAAAAGGGGACCGCUUCCAGAUCAUCAAUAACACGUGAGUUCCUAUGGGCCCUGGUCAAAAGUAGUGCACUAUAUGGGGAAUAGGAUGCCAUUUGGGAUGCAGCCUCCCUCUUUGUACCUGCUCUGUACAACAUGUUGCAGAUUGCACCUGUUCUGUACAACAUGUUGCAGAUUGCACCUGCUCUGUAAAACAUAUUGCAGAUUGUACCUGCUCUGUAAAACAUGUUGCAGAUUGUACCUGCUCUGUAAAACAUGUUGCAGAUUGUACCUGCUCUGUAAAACAUGUUGCAGAUUGUACCUGCUCUGUAAAACAUGUUGCAGAUUGUACCUGCUCUGUAAAACAUGUUGCAGAUUGUACCUGCUCUGUACAACAUGUUGCAGAUUGUACCUGCUCUGUAAAACAUGUUGCAGAUUGUACCUGCUCUGUAAAACAUGUUGCAGAUUGUACCUGCUCUGUAAAAAAUGUUGCAGAUUGUACCUGCUCUGUAAAACAUGUUGCAGAUUGUACCUGCUCUGUAAAACAUGUUGCAGAUUGUACCUGCUCUGUAAAAAAUGUUGCAGAUUGUACCUGCUCUGUACAACAUGUUGCAGAUUGCACCUGCUCUGUACAACAUGUUGCAGAUUGUACCUGCUCUGUACAACAUGUUGCAGAUUGUACCUUCUCUGUACAACAUGUACUUCCUACAUGGGUUAGAUUAAUGUUUUCACCCUCUGAGCCUGUUUUUCCACCCAGAUCGCUGAAGUCUUUCAUUUCAUUUAUUUAAUAAAACCCCUUAAACACAGAUGUGCCUUAGGUCAUAAAUACCUCUCUGCUCUAGAAUGUAGCCUUGGUUGACUUUGUUCAAUUCAAAUAUAAUACAUUGCUGCAUGCCAUAAUAUAGCUAUAGAAUCCAUGCAUAAAAGACAGCAUGUACAAACUCACUGCCAAGACAUAACCAGACUACUGUUACUAGGAUCCAUGAGUGCUGGAGUGUACAGACAUAGUAGUCAUACUAGAUCUGGAUGAUUCUCCCUCUCUCUCUCUCUCUCUCUCUCUCUCUGUCUGUGUUUCUCCCCCUACAGAGAAGGGGACUGGUGGGAGGCGCGCUCCAUCAACACAGGGAAGAAGGGGUACAUCCCCAGUAACUAUGUGGCUCCAGCUGACUCCAUCCAGGCUGAAGAGUAAGGCCCUUGUUUAUCGUCUCCCCUAACCUAACCUGAUUAGGACCUUCCACUGACACAACAGCAAUAGCACUAGCCUAACCACAGCAGCGUGAUCAUGCAUCACAUGGCUCUCACUGGAGGCCCAUUCACUAGAAUAGCUCAUAGCUUCUUCUGCUCUCCUGGGGCCAUAUGUAUCAAGCAUCUCAGCAUACGAGUGCUUAUCGAGGAUCAGGUUCCUCCUGUCCCAGUAAUCUUAUUCAUAGCGAUCUAUAGAUGUAGGAUCUUAAUUUGAUCACCCUGUUGCAAGAUAACUUUCCUGCAAUGCAGGAAAUGUUUAACUUGUAGUGUAUUUUAGGUUUAAAAAGGCUUCUGAAGUUUCCACUUUGAAAUUUCAGACUUGAUUUUCCCUUAAUGUAUCAACCCCUACAAAAAUGUCCAUUAAUUAUAAUCCACAUAAUAAUUCACGUCUAGUGGCUGCAGGAUUAUUUUCCUGCUGUAGCAAACUGGCUCAAAUUAAGAUCCUACAUCUGUAAAAUAAAAAAUGAUUCUAAAUCAGCACUCCUACAUCUGAGACACUUGAUACAUGUGGCCCCAGAGGGUUUAAUCUACCAUCUCAUGUUAGAUAUAAGCCUAGAGGUUUAUGAUCAUUUGGCAAGGAAAUAGAAUGUGAUCCUGUUUGUUAGAUGACCCCUGAUGGACUCAAAAAAUUCAUUCUGUAUUUCCUCUCAUUGUGUAUUUUGAAGUUUGACUUUUCCAAACUCUGAAAUUAUCCUUACUAGUAUUGAGUCAAAUAAAGUUCAUAAUAACAUAUGCCGGUAUUGAUGUUAUGUUGAUGUGUGUCCUUCCAUAGAAAUAGAAAGGUGUGCUAGUUCUGGAACGCAUCAAAUACUUGGAACGGCUGGGGGUUUCUCAAGGACAGAUUUGGGAAGUUACAAAGGCUCUACUCAUUCUAAGUCUGUGUUCUCAGGUGGUACUUUGGUAAAAUGGGCCGUAAAGAUGCUGAGAGGCUGCUGUUGAAUCCAGGCAACAACCGAGGCACCUUCCUGGUGCGAGAAAGUGAAACCACUAAAGGUGAAGAUGAUUAGCAUGAAUACGUGCAUGGGCUGCAUCUCAAGUAACCCCAUGUAGUGCACUACUUUUUCAUAUUCAUAAAGUGUCUCAGAAUAUAGGUGUGCUGAGGAUUAGAUUCUCCCUGUCCAUAAUUAUCUGAUUCAUUGUGAUCUUAAAGGCGAAACUGAUCUUAAAUCAGCACUUGAGCUCAUAUGGUGCCCUAAGUAGUGCACUAUAUGUGGAAUAGAGAGUAAUUUAAGACAUAGCCAGUGACACUCAUUUACAUGAAUAGAUAAAGCUUAGAUCUUAAUACUGUUGGUUGGAUGGACGAAGAAUCUGGUCAUUGUCUCCUCCAGGUGCUUACUCCUUGUCCAUACGAGACUGGGACGAUGCCAAAGGCGACAAUGUGAAACACUAUAAGAUCCGCAAACUUGACAACGGGGGUUACUACAUCACCACACGCGCCCAGUUUGACACGCUGCAGAAACUGGUCAAACACUACACAGGUAGGUCUUCUAGCUCUUUUUCAUAGUCUCUUUCACUCUCUCCCUCUUUCUAAGCCACUCACUCACCUCUCUUCUCAAACUCGCUCUCUGACAGACCUGCUACCCUGGAAACGUAACCUUGCUGAGCGUGAGAGACUCCUAUUCAUUUCGAUGAAGCCUGGGUGUAAGCAGCACGGCACCGCGCGAGGCUUACACUGCUCAUCGUAAACUAUUUUUAAGAGUCUGACGCACAGCUCACGCACAAGAACACUUAAUAAAGUGGCUUGCGCUCUGCUCAUGCCGGCAAAAGGUCACGCGUCCAGUGUAGCAGCUAAAAACCAACUGUUUUCCCAACACCCGAGUGUAGCUCCUCAGUAACUUUCUCAUUCACAGCUUCCCUCCCUUCCCCAAGCGCAGUUCCUGAUCUAAAAUUCACUCUCUUUCACCAGUCUCUCUCUCUCUCUCUCUCCCUCAUCUGUGCUUCGGUAAUACCAGGCUUACCUGUAAUUGGCCCUAUGAUUUCCCCAGCUAGAUGAAUGGUACUCAGAUUGAAUAUUUAAUGGAUACCUUCCUUAAGUGCUUCCCUCGCCGCUAAAGGAGAGAGGUGAAAGCGCUCUGGGAGAGCCCACUUUAUGGCUGUUUGUGUCCCAAAAUGAACCCUGUUCCCUACAUAGUGCACUACUUUUGACUAGAAACAUAUGGGCCCAGGUCAAAAGUAGUGCACUAUAUAGAGAAUAGUGUGCCAUUUGGGACAUAACCUACUUCUCUCUGAUGCAUUUUGAAAGCAGCAGGUCCAAGCCGUGUUAAACCAUUCUCUUCUUAUUCAUAUUUUAGCUGUGUAAUUAUAGGCAUGUCUGAAUUUAGCCGUAUCACAGUGCGGACAGACAAACUUGAAGUGAUGCGUGAAAUGUCCCCUUAUUACACUGUGUUCGGUUUCCCUUGUAUAUUAGUUACUACUGUGACUCAUCAAAAUGUUGACCAUGGUAUUUAUGUGUGUGUGUGUGUAUGUGUGUGCGCGUGCAUCUGUAUGUGUGUGUCUGUCCCCCCUCUCAGAGCAUGCGGAUGGGCUGUGCCACAGGCUGACCACGGUGUGCCCCACGGUGAAGCCCCAGACACAGGGCCUGGCCAAGGAUGCCUGGGAGAUCCCCCGGGAGUCCCUCCGCCUGGAGCUCAAACUGGGCCAGGGCUGCUUCGGAGAGGUCUGGAUGGGUAAGACUGUACACACACACAUAGACAGACAGGCAGACACUACCAUCAGACAGACAGAGACACACAUAUACUUGACACUCCGAAUGGUCUGGAUGGGCAAGACAGACAGGGAAUAUACAGUAUGACAUAUUAUUAUAUUAUUGAUCGAUUGACUAUGACUUUUCAAAUCACCCAGCAGUGCUAUUUGUAGAAUUAGCUCUGAGUAAAUGUUGCAAUUUUUCAGCCAUUCCUGAACCUGCGACCAAAAACAAGCUACAUAUGGGCAGUACCAAAACAAGUGAUCUAAUGAUUGACUCUUCGCAGCAAAAUCUGCAGAGCUGGGAUGGUUGUAUGCCCCAUAUAUAUGACAUUCUAUUGGUUGCAAGAAUUUUGUAUAAUAAUUUAAAUUGAAAAACUCAAGUUUUGAAUCCGGCGUCGUUUUGUGUAUCAGUUCAUAAACCAUGUGCCAUGGAAUCGGUAUAUAGAAACUCUCCUCCCAACUAUUUUGCAACCUGUAUGGUGCAGCUGUCAAUUUUUUGGUCCCGAAAUGAAAGUGGUAUACUUUCUUAUUUAUCACAAUUUUCUAUAGCCAAUUUUGGUCUUUAAUGCAGGGCCGACAGACAAGUUCCUUACCUUCUCCCCUUUCCACAUGUGCCAUCCAUUUUUGCGGUAAUGCUGCAAUCAGUUGGUUGUAGUUUUGGAUAGAGCAGACAUUUUUGUUAACUGCAUGUGUGACAUAAUCCACCAGUCCUAUUUAUGAUAUGAUUUAGAAAGAAUAUACUUGUUCUUUUUUUCAUAAAGAAUGUUUUUUCAUCAAUUAGUAUAUUUUAGUUUAACCAUAAUAUUUGUUGUAAUAUUUGUUCUGUGGAUUAAACUGAAAUUGCAACCAACUUUCUAUGGCUUGUUUUAAACAUAGCGAUAUUUUGGAGAUUAUUUCAUUUUCAAAUAACCAAAAGUGAAAGGUUGUAAUCUCAAUGGAGGGAAAAAGGUCAUUCUUACUAAUCUACUAGAGAACCAGUUCAGAUUUAAGUAUAGUUUUUGUAUGAUUGAAGCCUUUAGUGAGAGUUCCAAUGCUUUAAUAUUUAAUAAUUUCUGCCCUCAAAUUCAUAUUAAUUAUAUAAAUAGGUCUAGCUUGCCGUUCCAAAUAAAGUGGAAUAUUUUUUGCUCAUAUAAUUUAAAAAACAAUAUGUUAGGUGUAGGCAGGGCCAUAAGUAAAUAGGUAAACUGUGAUAUGACUAAAUAAUUAAUCAGGAUGAUUUUUCCACAAAUAAGACAGUUUGUCCUUUCCAUGGUUGCAAGAUCUUAUCUAAUUUGGCUAACUUUCUAUUAAAAUGUCUUGUAGUGAGAUAAUUUCUUUCUUUCGGGAUAUGAAUACAGAGUUUGUCCACUUCACCGUCGGACCAUUUUAUUGGUAAACCCACACGGUAAUGUAAAAGUUGUAUAAUAUGGUGCACAUAAUUCGGUAUUAAUCCAGAGAGGUUAUAAAAAUGAUCUAGAUCUUCUAUGAGGCUGUGCAGGGAUCCAAAUUGCGGAUUUAAAAGAAAACAUUAAUCAUCACCUUUGUUUUUAAGCCCUGGAUUUCUAGCCCCUCUAUUGUUGUUGGAUCUGACUUUAAUAGCUAACAUUUCGAUGGCCAUAAUAAAUAGAUAUGCCAAUAGUGGACAACCUUGUUUUACUCCUCUUGACAAUUUAUUACUUUCUCAGAAGUAGCCAUUAUUUACUAUUUUACACCUGGGAUUACUGUACAUAACUUUAACCCAUUGUAUAAGAGAUUGUCCUAAAUUAAAAUAGUCCAGGCAUUUAUAUAUAAAUUUCUGUCGUACUUUAUCAAAGGCCUUUUUCAAAGUCAGCUAUGAAUACCAGGCCUGGUUUCCCAGAUUUUUCAUAGUGUUCUAUUGUUUCCAGUACUUGUCUUAUAUUAUCUCCAAUGUAUAGUUCAUGUAAAAAACCUGUCUGAUUAGGAUGAAUAAUAUCCGACAAUACCUUUUUAAUUCUAUGCGCUAUGCAUUUUGCUAGGAUUUUGGCAUCACAACACUGCAGUGUAAAGGGUCUCCAUUUUUUUAGGUGGACUGGAUCUUUAUAUUUACCACCUGGGUCCUGUUUCAGUAAUAGUGAAUUCAGACCUUCUUGCUGAGUAUCUGAUAGUCUACCAUUUUUAUAGGAGUGGUUAAAACAUGUUAAUAGCGGACCUUUGAGUACAUCGAAAAAUAUUUGAUAUACCUCAACUGGUAUGCCAUCUAGCAUAGACUUGCAGACUUGCAUGUAUCUAGAAGUUCCUCCUCGUAAUUAAACCUUCACAUGAGUCUUUCUGUAUAGCUGUUAAUGUUACACUGACUCCAUCAGUUUCUGUAAAUUCCUUUUGGUAGCAUUUCUAUGUUGAAGAUGUAAAAAUAAUUUGGUGCAUUUUUCUCCAUAUUCCCACCAGGUUGCUUUAUUUUUUAUAACAUACUCCAUUUCUUUUAGUUUUUCCUCUAACGUAUUCUGUGCCUCUGUUAGUUUUUACUUCUAUCUGUACUGUUAGUUCCUCUAUUUCCUUUGUUAAGAUGAACUCUUUUGACCUAAAUAGUUUUUGUUUUAAAGAUGAGUGUUGAAUUGCAUGGCCUCUAAAGGCACAUUUAAAAGUGUCCCAUACAAUAAAGGGAUUUGCUGUACUUAUGUUAUGUAGGAAAAGUCCGUUAUAAAUUCUUCUGUCUUGGUUAAAAACAACUUGUCAUCCAGUAUGCUUUGAUUACAUUUCCAAUACCCUCGCCCUCGCGGGAAUUCUGUAAGAGUAAUGGAUAAGAGCGUCUGCUAAAUGACUAAAAUGUAAAUGUAAAUGUAAUGUAUAUACCAAUUAUUUGAUGGUCCGACGACAUUCUGUCCCCUAUCAAUACUUUUUUAACUUUUGGUGCCAGCUAAAAUUACGUAAGAAAGUAGUAAGAUGACUAGCUUGAUUGAGCCUCCGCCAUGUAUAUCUCACUAGAUCAGGAUAUAUAAGCCUCCAUAUAUCCAUUAGUUCCAAUAUAUCCAUCAUAUUCGUAAUUUCUUUAAGUGCAUGAGGGUGAUAGUUUGUAGUGUGAUUUCCUUUACGGUCCAUUGAGGUACACUAUAUUUACAAAAGUAUGUGGACACCCCUUCAAAUUAGUGGAUUCGGCUAUUUCAGCCACACCCGUUGCUGACAGAUGUAUAAAAUCGAGCACACAGCCAUGCAAUCUCCAUAGACAAACAUUGGUAGUAGAAUGGUCUUACAGAAGAGCUCAGUGACUUUCAACGUGGUACCAUCAUAGGAUGCCACCUUUCCAACAAGUCAGUUCGUCAAAAUUCUGCCCUGCUAGAGCUGCCCCGGUCAACUGUAAGUGCUGUUAUUGUGAAGUGGAAACUUCUAGGAGCAACAACGGCUCAGCCGCGAAGUGGUAGGCCACGCAAGCUCACAGAACGGGACCGCCGAGUGCUGAAGCGUGUAGUGUGUAAAAAUCGUCUGUCCUCGGUUGCGACACUCACUACUGAGUUCCAAACUGCCUCUGGAAGCAACGUCAGCACAAGAACUGUUCGUCGGGAGCUUCAUGAAAUGGGUUUCCAUGGCCGAGCAGCCGCACACAAGCCUAAGAUCACCAUGCGCAAUGCCAAGCGUUGGCUGGAGUGGUGUAAAGCUCGCCGCCGUUGGACUCUGGAGCAGUGGAAACGUGUUCUCUAGAGUGGUGAAUCACACUUCACCAUCUGGCAGUCCGACGGACGAAUCUGGGUUUGGCGGAUGCCAGGAGAAUGCUACCUGCCCGAAUGCAUAGUGCUAACUGUAAAGUUUAGUGGAGGAGGAAUAAUGGUCUGGGGCUGUUUUUCAUGGUUCGGGCUAGGCCCCUUAGUUCCAGUGAAGGGAAAUCUUAAAGAUACAGCAUACAAUUACAUUCUAGACGAUUCUGUGCUUCCAAGUUUGUGGCAACAGUUUGGGGAAGGCCCUUUCCUGUUUCAGCAUGACAAUGCCCCAAUGCACAAAGCGAGGUCCAUACAGAAAUUGUUUGUUGAGAUCGGUGUGGAAGAACUUGACUGGCCUGCACAGAGCCCUGACCUCAACCCCAUCGUACACCUUUGGGAUGAAUUGGAACGCCGACUGUGUGCCAGGUCUAAUCGAUCAAAAUCAGUGCCCGACCUCACUAAUGCUCUUGUGGCUGAAUGGAAGCAUGUCCCCGCAGCAAUGUUCCAACAUCUAGUAUAUUUCACCCCCCAAGUCCUUUUUCCAUACAACUUCAACUAAAGGUGUAGAAUGAGUUUCCAGUAAACAAUAGAUAACAUAUUCCUUCUCUUUUAGCCAGGUAAAGACUGAUUGUAUUUUCUUAUUAUCUGCUAAGCCAUUACAAUUAUAACUAGCUAUACUUAUUUUACCACUUACCAUAACGAGAUACAAGUUUUGAUUAUACUUACCAUAAUAUGUUUGUGAACUUACCAUUAAGAAGUACCAUGAUAAUUUAAUGUCUGUACCAUAAUAUUUGCACUGUUAAGCAUACUGUAGCUGCGACUAAGUAAACCUCAAAUUGUCCUCCAAUAUUCCACCCGCUAACACCUCCCCCCAUUCCAAGUUGGGUUGUAGUUCCAGUGACCACCCCUAUACACAUGGAUCCUAGGGCCUUUAAGAGAGAGCUAGGGGCCCAUCUUUAAAAAGAGCACAUGGUGCCAGCUACAGUACAGAACCAGAUCCGCAGCCAACAGCCAACAUCAUUUUGAACGCCUUCGCCUCAGUUGUACUGCAUCUAGUUAUUUAAAAAAAGAUAUAUUUAGAUAUAAAAAAAUCUUGCAUAACUUAAUUUAGCACCCCCCCCCCCACACACACACACACACGCACACACACACGCUCAAAUGUUCAGCAGUUGUUCCAUCACCGAGCCCAACUCAAGAGAAGACUUGAUGUGUGAAUGCGUAUAAAGUUUGUCUGUUUAAGAAGGCAUGCCAAAUUGAGCAGGAAUGGGAAGAUUUGAUUAACCAAUAUCUAGUCCUAUCUGAUGGAGCUCGGAUACCCCCUUUCCCCCCAGCACCCACACACGCUAGUCCCCCAUUGUGACCCAUCUUUCCAAGCACGUCUGUGCAGUCAGACCGUUUGAUUAUUCUGUUCCGCCAGGGCCACAAUAAUAUGCCCCCUCUCUGAUUGUCCGAGUGUGACCCCCUCCCCAUGGGUUACUGCAGCCAGUGUUGCCAGCACUGCCACUACUUGGGUGGGGGUACUCCACCGGAAUUCCCACCGGCUAGGCACGAGGUCGUCAAUAUACUCAUUAGCAGCUUUGAGAAAAUCCCAUCUGGGGCCUUUGGCUCUUGGACCUACCCUGACCGCAUUCACCUUUCUGUCAUGGCUGCAUAGGCUACUUGCAGCAGGCCUAUAAAAUGGAAAAGGAUUUCUCCUUAGUGGGUGGGUCACUCAGGUGGGUGUCUAGGAUAUAGGGUUGGCACCGUUCCAUCAUGAUAGGACAAAAAAAAAUAUAUAUAUAUUUGUUUGUAUAUCCCAUAUCUGCACAUAAGUGAAGACUCGCUCUGUCACAGUAGCAUCCGCUCCUUCAGGGACUCAAGUCCUUUCAGCUACAGCUCAUAACUUCAUGUGUUUUUUCCUCGAUGUACCCCAAGUACACCCCGUUUAUCACAUUGUACCUAUGACACUCUGUAUAACUCUAUAAACAGUAGCCGUACUGUAUCAUGUCACAGGUUGCAUCCCAAAUUUUACCCUAAUCCCUAUGUAGUGCACUACUUUUGACCAGGCUGUAUAGGGAAUAGUGUGCAAUUUGGUACACAUACAUAAUGUGUACUGUGUUGGAAAUGACCAUUUGUUUACUCCUGUUUACACCAUUGUCUUUCUAGUACAAUAAGAGGUAGCAUCAUGACUCGACUUACUCAAAAUGUGUCAUUCUAUUCAGGCACGUGGAACGGCACCACCAAGGUGGCGAUUAAGACCCUGAAGCCAGGCACCAUGUCCCCCGAGGCCUUCCUCCAGGAGGCCCAGAUCAUGAAGAAGCUGAGGCACGACAAGCUGGUGCCCCUCUACGCCGUGGUGUCUGAGGAACCCAUCUACAUCGUCACUGAGUACAUGGCCAAAGGUACACAUCGUCAUACGCACGUAUAGCAGACGCAUAUAAAUCACACGCAUAUUAAUGCACACACACACACGUGACAUGGAAAUCCAUCUACAUAGUUACAAAGUACAUGACUAAACGCACCCAUGUUUAUGACUCACGCAUGCAUAAAGGCACAUAUGCAUGCAUCGCAUAACCCAUCUGCGUAGGGGCAGUAGUCGGAGGGCUUGUUCGACAUUGCAGGCGACUGCUGACUGGCUGAUCUACAAAUUACCUUGCAUCAUAAAUAACUACUCCUUAUUAUUUGUGGAUCAGUCAGUCGGUCACAUUUGACCCAAAAUGCUUCACGUCGGCAACAAUGUGGAACAAGCCAACAGACAUGGCUAGGUAGCAGGUACACAUGUUCAUGACACACACAGAUGCAGUGACGUGUGUGUGACCGGCAGCAUGGUGUUGAGACGUAGAUCUACGGCUGAUUUUAGAUGUGUAAUUAGAAAGUUAUAGCUAAAGCCUCUCUCCAGAAGGUUCCUUACACACACACACGCCUGGGGGAGAAAGUCUGGAAUCCGAAGUUUUAGAUGUUACGCCACAACACACACAUCAUCCGAUUAGAAGUACCCCGGCCAAUUUCCUUAAAGGAAAAAAAAUGUAAAUGUUAUGGCCGUUUUAAUUAACAUACCCUACAGUUUGAAAGUCCUUGGAAAUCCCAUGUGGGUUUUGGAGGCCCGGAGCAGAGAUCUUUAAUUGAAAACUGCAGCAGUUUUGUGGCGAGCUUUCAUCUUUCUUGACUGCAAUGCGUCUCCCUGUUUCUUUUUAAUUAGUGAUUGAACACUAAUGACGUAUCCCUGUAAAUGGACUCAGUGACCCCUGUGUGUGUGUGUGUGUGUGUGUGUGUGUGUGUGUUCUGAAUUAUAUUGCAUUGGUGUGUGUGUAGAUUAGCCUAACUCAUACAGGAGAGUGUGUGUUUAUCCCAUUGGUGUCCCCUGAAACUCUAAUCCUGGUUUCCUCUCACACUGAGGAAAUCGUGAUAUCUGUGUCCCAAAUGACACCCUAUUCCCUAUAUAGUGUACUAGUUUUGACCAGUCACCAGGGCCCCAUAGGUCUCUGGGCAAAAGUAGUGCACUAUAUAGGUUAAUAAGGUGUCAUUUGGGGCUCAUCCUAGAUGUCAUUAAGAGCCAUGUACCAAACAUAGACACAAGCAGCUAGCUUCAUCAAUACCAAGGGAAUAUUUAAGAAGUCGUAUUUAAGAAGUCUUAAGCCACUAUUUCUGUGGUGGUUUGUUGCCGCGCUGUUGGCAACAUUUGCAGCACUCUCUCUCUGGUACAGUAACUGUCAUGUGUUGCUGAUUUUGUAAUUGUAGGAAGUUUGCUGGAUUUCCUGAAGGAGGGAGAUGGUAAAUUCCUCAAGCUUCCCUUGCUUGUAGAUAUGGCUGCACAGGUAAGUCAAAAGUCAGCCUCUCAGUAAACUACCAUGUAUGUUUCCAAGUGCCUCACCCCUCAGUAUCUCCACCUAAGGAUACAUUUGGCCUCUUUUUGAUUGCAAGUAGUACAAGAAAAAAUCAUUUAUUCUUAUCUCCGUCACCAUAUUCCUCCCUCCUGUGUGAACAGAGUAGUGCACUAAAUAGGGAUUAGGGUGUAAUUUAGGAUUUAACCGAAGACGGGCUGCUCCGCUUUGAGUGCAUCACAGCAAAUAUCAACGUGGGCAUCAGUGAUAAAAUGGAGUGUUAAACCAUUCUGCUUGUUUUCUUCAGAUCGCUGACGGAAUGGCUUUCAUCGAGAGGAUGAACUACAUCCACAGGGACCUGCGCGCCGCUAACAUCCUGGUCGCGGACAACUUGGUGUGCAAGAUCGCCGACUUUGGUCUGGCCAGGCUGAUCGAGGACAACGAGUACACAGCUAGGCAAGGUUAGUAGAGGACAGAGUAGGAUUGGGCGGUAUACCGUAUACCGGGGUAUUUGGAAAUGGCUACGGGAUGUUUUUUCAAUACCGUCAAUACGGUUAAACUAUUUAUUUGAAGAUUUUCAAUACAUUGUAAUAUUUGUAGUUAUUUUUCAGGUAAAUACCUGCAGUCAACUUGUGCAAUGCAUUCUUAUUUCACCUGUCACAUUAUUUUCCAUAAUGAAGCUUACUUAUUUCACCAGCACAGUUGAGUCAGUCACGUGUUUGUUUGUAAAUAGCACAACAGGAGAAAGCAGGAGCAGGUGAGUCCAGCUGUGUAUUGACAGGGGUUGCAUUUUAUAUUGAAAGUCAAGUGUAUUUCUGCUUCAAUAGAGUCAUCAGAGACAUGAAAAUACAUUAGUGCAACACAGAAAAUAGCUUCACUUUCAUCAGAUGACAACAGAAGUGCAACGCUAUUUGGCUGGCAGCCACUCAAGUAAAUGAGCUUACAAUGACAAAGCAAAAACUAUACAUGGCCAUCAUAUUUCUAAUGUGUAGGCCUGUCAUAGAAAAGAAUGUAGCCAGCUGCAUUUCCUAAUGUUUUUCUUAAAGUGAAUCUUGCAUUUUACCAGAGAAAAGUAGGCUGGCUAUACUGAGAAGAGUGCCGGAGAAAAGUAGCUACACAUCAGUCAUAGCGCUGUCUGCUAAAUACACUGCUCAAAAAAAUAAAGGGAACACUUAAACAACACAAUGUAACUCCAAGUCAAUCACACUUCUGUGAAAUCAAACUGUCCACUUAGGAAGCAACACUGAUUGACAAUAAAUUUCACAUGCUGUUGUGCAAAUGGAAUAGACAACAGGUGGAAAUUAUAGGCAAUUAGCAAGACACCCCCAAUAAAGGACUGGUUUUGCAGGUGGUGACCACAGACCACUUCUCAGUUCCUAUGCUUUCUGGCUGAUGUUUUGGUCACUUUUGAAUGAUGGCGGUGCUUUCACUCUAGUGGUAGCAUGAGACGGAGUCUACAACCCACACAAGUGGCUCAGGUAGUGCAGGUCAUCCAGGAUGGCACAUCAAUGCGAGCUGUGGCAAGAAGGUUUGCUGUGUCUGUCAGCGUAGUGUCCAGAGCAUGGAGGCGCUACCAGGAGACAGGCCAGUACAUCAGGAGAUGUGGAGGAGGCCGUAGGAGGGCAACAACCCAGCAGCAGGACUGCUACCUCCGCCUUUGUGCAAGGAGGAGCAGGAGGAGCACUGCCAGAGCCCUGCAAAAUGACCUCCAGCAGGCCACAAAUGUGCAUGUGUCUGCUCAAACGGUCAGAAACAGACUCCAUGAGGGUGGUAUGAGGGCCCGACGUCCACAGGUGGGGGUUGUGCUUACAGCCUAACACCGUGCAGGACGUUUGGCAUUUGCCAGAGAACACCAAGAUUGGCAAAUUCGCCACUGGCGCCCUGUGCUCUUCACAGAUGAAAGCAGGUUCACACUGAGCACGUGACAGACGUGACAGAGUCUGGAGACGCCGUGGAGAACGUUCUGCUGCCUGCAACAUCCUCCAGCAUGACCGGUUUGGCGGUGGGUCAGUCAUGGUGUGGGGUGGCAUUUCUUUGGGGGGCCGCACAGCCCUCCAUGUGCUCGCCAGAGGUAGCCUGACUGCCAUUAGGUACCGAGAUGAGAUCCUCAGACCCCUUGUGAGACCAUAUGCUGGUGCGGUUGGCCCUGGGUUCCUCCUAAUGCAAGACAAUGCUAGACCUCAUGUGGCUGGAGUGUGUCAGCAGUUCCUGCAAGAGGAAGGCAUUAAUGCUAUGGACUGGCCCGCCCGUUCCCCAGACCUGAAUCCAAUUGAGCACAUCUGGGACAUCAUGUCUCGCUCCAUCCACCAACACCACGUUGCACCACAGACUGUCCAGGAGUUGGCGGAUGCUUUAGUCCAGGUCUGGGAGGAGAUCCCUCAGGAGACCAUCCGCCACCUCAUCAGGAGCAUGCCCAGGCGUUGUAGGGAGGUCAUACAGGCACGUGGAGGCCACACACACUACUGAGCCUCAUUUUGACUUGUUUUAAGGACAUUACAUCAAAGUUGGAUCAGCCUGUAGUGUGGUUUUCUACUUUAAUUUUGAGGGUGACUCCAAAUCCAGACCUCCAUGGGUUGAUAAAUUAGAUUUCCAUUGAUAAUUUUUGUGUGAUUUUGUUGUCAGCACAAUCAACUAUGUAAAGAAAAAAGUAUUUAAUAAGAUUAUUUCAUUCAUUCAGAUCUAGGAUGUGUUAUUUUAGUGUUCCCUUUAUUUUUUUGAGCAGUGUAGAAUGCCCGUUUGUGAAUUUUCAUCUGAGUUUAGAAGUGCAACUGAAGCAGAAAAUUAGUCUGAUGCCGAACAUAAAGCAUUUUAGAUCUGUGUUUACAAAACGCAGCAAGAUAUUUCUUAUGCGUUUCAUCUUCUUUUUCCUGUGUGAAAAACGCAUAAUUAUGAGUUUACACGACCCCUUGCUAUCUAAGUAAGUGGCUGAAUGAAUGAGGUGACGGGGCAUCAUAUUGUGUUCGCUUUCUGCCGUGUUUGAGAAGGCAAAGCCCUUUGGAUGAGUUAUUUGUACAGCUGCUACUGGUAUCUUGAUUUCCUUGAGUUUCUUCUCCUCUCUGUUCUUGGUGGUCUGCUCCUCCCCCCCUCUUCUCCGAGCAGAGCAGGCCGGCCCGUUGCCCUAGUGACUCCAGACUCCACACAGACACAGCUUGUAGACAUGCUGCUGGAGAGCCAGUACUGCAUGCGUCAAAACUUUGUUCAUUUGCACAAAGUCUCUCGUUCACAUUUUCGCUUAUAAAUGUCCAAACUCAACAAAAAUGACAUUCGGUAGCUCCUACCUAUAUAUGUAUAACUUUUAUGAGCUGGAUUUCCUGUCUUUGCAGUUCGUUUAUUUUCGUUUGCACUCGUUAGCAUAUUUAGCUAGUGGCCUUGAUGGAAAUUCGCAAUUACUUGUGGUAAUUUUGUUUGCAUUCUGGUAAUAGACACCCAACAGGCUUUUUUGCUUUUGUUAUGGCGCCCCCUUGUGUACCAAACCAAUAAUACCGUAUAUCCAUUUACAUUUGCAUUUUAGUCAUUUAGCAGACGCUCUUAUCCAGAGCGACUUACAGUUAGUGAAUACAUAUUUUUUUGUUUUAUACUGGCCCCCCGUGGGAAUCGAACCCACAACCCUGGCGUUGCAAACGCCAUGCUCUAUCAACUGAGCUACAUCCCUGCCGGCCAUUCCCUCCCCUACCCUGGACGACGCUGGGCCAAUUGUGCGCCGCCCAUGAGUCUCCCGGUCGCGGCCGGCUGCGACAGAGCCUGGAUUCGAACCAGGAUCUCUAGUGGCACAGUUAGCACUGCGAUGCAGUGCCUUAGACCACUGCGCCGCUCAGGGUGAGAGAAGCACGGUAUGAUGUGAAACCGUAGCACCGAGAGAUGGGACAGAGGGGCUUAGGGUUUAAAAUCCCAUUCGUCGAGGUGUGUACGGGUGGAAAGAGGCAAGGCAAGUAGAGCUCCGGGACAGACAGCCGGGACCUAGGGACACAAGGCUUAGAGUCCCUUGUUGCGUCCCAAUAAUCUCUCCUUUGCCCUGACCUGUGCACUUCCAUUCAUGGAUUUCAAAGGUAAUGACUGGUAUUCCUCUAGAGCAUUGGUUCUCAACUGGUUCUGCCUCUGGAAAAUAAUUGCCAAAAUACAAUCUGUAAAACUAUUUUUAAUGCUAUACUAAUAGUAAAUGCAGCAUUUAUAUGGCAAGGGAACAACAUUGCCACCUCUUUCAUUGUCAAUAAUGAAAAUUUGCCAAUAUUCUUGAUGAAGAUUGUUAAUAAACUCACUAUAUUGGAAAUACUGUGAUUUAAAGAAAAAAAAUUCAGAUAUUAAAUUAAAUGUAAGUUCAUUAUCAUUUCUACACACUUUCUACCUGGUUUAAGUCGUUUAAGUUCAGAGUGGAGUAUUUUUCCAUUAAACAAAGAUAUAUAUAUAUAUAUAUAGUACCAGUCAAAAGUUUGGACUCACCUACUCAUUCAAGGAUUUUUCUUUAUUUUUUACUAUUUUCUACAUUGUAGAAUAAAAGUGAAGACAUCAAAACUAUGAAAUAACCCAAAACACACGGCCAAGGCAACAAAGGAGUGGCUCAAGAAGAAGCACAUUAAGGUCCUGGAGUGGCCUAGCCAGUCUCCAGACCUUAAUCCCAUAGAAAAUCUGUGGAGGGAGCUGAAGGUUCGAGUUGCCAAACGUCAGCCUCGAAACCUUAAUGACUUGGAGAAGAUCUGCAAAGAGGAGUGGAACAAAAUUCCUCCUGAGAUGUGUGCAAACCUGGUGGCCAACUACAAGAAACAUCUGACCUCUGUGAUUGCCAACAAGGGUUUUGCCACCAAGUACUAAGUAAUGUUUUGCACAGGGGUCAAAUACUUAUUUCCCUCAUUAAAAUGCAAAUCAAUUUAUAACAUUUUUGACAUGCGUUUUUCUGGAUUUUGUUGUUGUUAUUCUGUCUCACUGUUCAAAUAAAACCUACCAUUUAAAUUAUAGACUGAUCAUGUCUUUGUCAGUGGGCAAGCGUACAAAAUCAGCAGCGGAUCAAAUACUUUUUUCCCUCACUGUAUAUAUGUGUGUAUUUAUAUUGAUGUCCUAGUCUACCUCUUUCAGGUAAUAAGUUAAAUGCAGUAUUAGCCUUAUAUUUAGCUAAUUAAUGAUGGGUUAUGCGCAAUACGCAAGCACCUGUGCUCUGCUGGCCUCUCCUAAAAACGCUCCUUAGCUCUUGGAGUCCCAUGCAGGAAAAGCUAGAUUAGAAUAGUCUUAUUUCUUAUACCAAUAGACUAUUCGAAGAGGGACGCAAGCUCUUUUUUGCUGAAUGUUAAAUACAGCAUCCAAUAGAACUCACGGGUAGUUUGAAAGAAGAGCGAACACGCGAUGGUGGUAGGUUAUAGCAGUUAUUUAUUCAGACCCAUAACCAUUCAAUCAAUCUUCGUGAAGAGAAGUGAAAGCCUUCUGCAUUUAAUUAUAGUCCUAUAUUAUUCAAGGAUGUCAUUAGAAUGAUGAAGAUGAGGACAACAACUUAUUUCAUUUAACUGUUGAAAGCGAGGACGGACUGAAGCAACAAUGGAGAGAGAAAGAGGAGGUAGGCUAAUAACAGUAGGGGAAAUAUUAUGACAGGUAUACAGUGGGGGAAAAAAGUAUUUAGUCAGCCACCAAUUGUGCAAGUUCUCCCACUUAAAAAGAUGAGAGAGGCCUGUAAUUUUCAUCAUAGGUACACGUCAACUAUGACAGACAAAAUGAGAAAAAAAAUUCCAGAAAAUCACAUUGUAGGAUUUUUAAUGAAUUUAUUUGCAAAUUAUGGUGGAAAAUAAGUAUUUGGUCAAUAACAAAAGUUUCUCAAUACUUUGUUAUAUACCCUUUGUUGGCAAUGACACAGGUCAAACGUUUUCUGUAAGUCUUCACAAGGUUUUCACACACUGUUGCUGGUAUUUUGGCCCAUUCCUCCAUGCAGAUCUCCUCUAGAGCAGUGAUGUUUUGGGGCUGUCGCUGGGCAACACAGACUUUCAACUCCCUCCAAAGAUUUUCUAUGGGGUUGAGAUCUGGAGACUGGCUAGGCCACUCCAGGACCUUGAAAUGCUUCUUACGUAGCCAUUCCUUCGUUGCCCGGGCGGUGUGUUUGGGAUCAUUGUCAUGCUGAAAGACCCAGCCACGUUUCAUCUUCAAUGCCCUUGCUGAUGGAAGGAGGUUUUCACUCGAAAUCUCACGAUACAUGGCCCCAUUCAUUCUUUCCUUUACACGGAUCAGUCGUCCUGGUCCCUUUGCAGAAAAACAGCCCCAAAGCAUGAUGUUUCCACCCCCAUGCUUCACAGUAGGUAUGGUGUUCUUUGGAUGCAACUCAGCAUUCUUUGUCCUCCAAACACGACGAGUUGAGUUUUUACCAAAAAGUUAUAUUUUGGUUUCAUCUGACCAUAUGACAUUCUCCCAAUCCUCUUCUGGAUCAUCCAAAUGCACUCUAGCAAACUUCAGACGGGCCUGGACAUGUACUGGCUUAAGCAGGGGGACACGUCUGGCACUGCAGGAUUUGAGUCCCUGGUGGCGUAGUGUGUUACUGAUGGUAGGCUUUGUUACUUUGGUCCCAGCUCUCUGCAGGUCAUUCACUAGGUCCCCCCGUGUGGUUCUGGGAUUUUUGCUCACCGUUCUUGUGAUCAUUUUGACCCCACGGGGUGAGAUCUUGCGUGGAGCCCCAGAUCGAGGGAGAUUAUCAGUGGUCUUGUAUGUCUUCCAUUUCCUAAUAAUUGCUCCCACAGUUGAUUUCUUCAAACCAAGCUGCUUACCUAUUGCAGAUUCAGUCUUCCCAGCCUGGUGCAGGUCUACAAUUUUGUUUCUGGUGUCCUUUGACAGCUCUUUGGUCUUGGCCAUAGUGGAGUUUGGAGUGUGACUGUUUGAGGUUGUGGACAGGUGUCUUUUAUACUGAUAACAAGUUCAAACAGGUGCCAUUAAUACAGGUAACGAGUGGAGGACAGAGGAGCCUCUUAAAUAAGAAGUUACAGGUCUUUGAGAGUCAGAAAUCUUGCUUGUUUGUAGGUGACCAAAUACUUAUUUUCCACCAUAGUUUGCAAAUAAAUUCAAUAAAAAUCCUACAAUGUGAUUUUCUGGAUUUUUUUUUGUUGAAAAUUACAGACCUCUCAUCUUUUUAAGUGGGAGAACAUGCACAAUUGGUGGAUGACUAAAUACUUUUUUUUCUCCACUGUAUAUGCGUCAGCCUACUAAUUAUACAAAUAGGCCAUAUUAAAUAAAAAAAAUUAAAUCAACUUUGCUAGCCUAUACUUAUAACUUUGUAGGCCGCGUGUGCUGCACCAGAAUCGCAUGUUCUCUUCUGCUUUAUCAUGGUUUGAACGAUGUGCGUAAUUCCAGUCCAUAUAAUACAAUACAGUACAGUAAUAUAGUUCACACUCAAAAAGAUUAGCCUUCUGGAGCUAGUUUCAUUUAUUUACCCAAGAGAGCAUAUAGCUAGCUACAUCUAUGGGCUUUUAUGUUUAUCUAUUGUGCGUAAUGUGCAGUAGCCUAUAUCAAAUGUAUAAGGAUAACAGCACAAUCAUUUGGGCUUUUUUGAGCUUCGGCUCAUUAAAUGUCGUUAAUUUAGGGCUCAUAAAAUGUAUUUAAUAUAUGGCUCUUCAUGCUCCGCUAGCAUCAGGUUUGAAUUAUCAUGCUGAUCAAAGCUCUAAUCAAAUCCAGACAUAUAUUUAUAUGCUUUACAUUUUAGUCAUUUAGCAGACGCUCUUAUCCAGAGCGACUUACAGUUAAGUGAGUGCAUACAUUUUAAUACUGGCCCCCCGUGGGAAUCGAACCCAAAACCCUGGUGUUGCAAGUGCCAUGCUCUACCAACUGAGCUACACAGGGCUUGAAUGACACUUCCUGUUCCUGUUUUGGCGGGAAAUACCGGGUUACCCGGGAGAAAAGUGAUUUAUUCUCGGAAUUGAACAUUUUGUAAAAUACCGGGAAAAUAUUCAACCCUAUUUCCUACCAUGGUAAAUUAGGCUAAUGGCGGAAAGCAGAUGGUCAUAUCCACUCUGAUUAGUUGAGGUGAGUAAACUCUCUCAAGCUGCCUGCUGCUUAACCAUUGAAGCCCAAUGGUUUCAGCAGAGAAACAGGCGUUUGACACUAACACUCCUUUUUCCACUCAACAACACUCAUAAACCUCAAACCUUUUGGAAUGUGACUUUGGAUUUUUCACCCUGCUGUGCUAUAUUUUUUCUAAUUAUGUUUCGAUCCAUUUCCUUGCAACCAGAUCACACUUCAACCGUUAAAAAAAAAGAAGCUAUGAUUCAUUUUGUUACAGAGGUCAAUAGUGUAAUUGUUAUGGCAGACUUGAGUGUGAACUGUGAUAUUGGUCACUUCUCAGUCGUUAUGGCACAGCUGAAUGACCUCUGAUGACCCCUAGUGGAAGUUAAUGUUCUGCCUCUCUUCUUUCUCUCUCUCUCUUUCUCCCUCCCCCUCUUCUUUUAUCUCUUCCCCUCCUGCUCUGGUUUUUAGGGGCCAAGUUCCCAAUCAAGUGGACGGCUCCUGAGGCUGCCCUGUACGGCCGCUUCACUAUCAAGUCAGACGGCUGGUCCUUCGGCAUCUUACUCACCGAACUGGUCACCAAGGGCAGGGUUCCCUACCCAGGUGAGAACACAGACAAAAUCAAAAACCAUGUUUGAGUCCUACAUGGCACCCUAUUCCCUAUAUAGUGCACUUCCUUUGACUAGAGCUUAUAGGGAAUGGGCACUAUGUAGGGAUUAGAGUGCCAUUUGUGACGGAGUUCCAUAACAACAAUGGCAGUCUGUGAGGCUGUCUAUCUGGUUAAGAUAUGUCAAUUGUAUGAAUCCUAAAGCUGGGAAGCAGAUUUCUUGUGUAACCAGGAGGAGUAGUCAGAGGUAGAUGCCAGCGCAAUGUCAACAAGGAAGUGACUAAUUUGGUGAAAGGUGAUCCGUCACCAGUCUUAUAGCCUAGACUAGUUAAUACUGUCCUAGGAAGUGGGCCAGGGGUGACACUGUCUGUGAUUGCUGUUUUUGUCUCUGCGGAGUAAACACACACACACACACAAGCUGGCUGAGAUUAGAGGAGACCAUCUGGUGGGAUCUGAUCCGGAGAUUGAACACCACUCUUGUUUAGAACCAUCUGUCCCAGACUGAUCGGGCUCUGGGGAGAGCGCAAGAGAGAGGAUGGAUGCUCUGAAACGCUGACACACACAGACACUAACCUUCAGGCCAGGCGUUGGAACCGAAAUUAUUUUCCAAUCGUUUCGUUCUGAACAGCACCAUUAUUAUUUUUGUUCCGUUACACUGUUCCGACCAGCAAAAUAAAGUUCUGAACCGGUUUGAACCCCAAUAAAAAUAAUGGCUUAUAUCGUUCCCUUCUGUUCCUUUUUAAACCUCUGAAAUCAACCGUUUUGUUACAUUUAGCUCGACAUAAAAAUUACUUCACCAAUCAGUGCAGAUAGAGCAGUUUGCUAUGGAGUGGGCAAACUAUUUACAUGCAUUGUACAGACAAGUGUAGGGCGCAGGAUGCGACUGAAAUUUUGCAGGUGGGGAGAGAGGGUAGAGGAAGAGGCUUGGCAUCUUGUUGUUAUGACAUUCAUUAUCUGAAUUAGGCCCACAGAAUGAUAUCUACGGAGGAGCGGCUUCUACAGUAUGAAGGAACUUUGAAUGUCUUUGAACUUCAGAGAGUUGGCUUAAUGUUGGACCAGAGCUAGCUAGCUAGCUAAGAAGCUUGUGUGUGCAGAGCGGCACCAGAAUUUAAAUGAAAACAAGUCUUACCUUUUUGUAGUUAAUAGAUCCAAUGUGAAACGUGAUAACUAUAGUAUCCUUAGCUAGCAUUAAAAAAGUUAAUCCAUUCUUCUAUAAUUAAAACUCUCUCUCCCUAAUUUCUGAAUCACGCUUGUAACAUCAUCAGGCUACAGUAGACUAUGCUUCGGAAGGGGAGGGGCAGGAAGCCUACAUGCACUGGCAAAGAUUUCCAGCUGGCAGGCAGACACUGGAAUACGUUUCUGAUUGACAGUGAGGGCUUUGUGUAGGCGUGUAGCCAGUAACGUAAAAUAACGUUAUUAACCGGUUCCCAUGCUUUUAAAAUGAUGGUUCUGUUCCGGAACAGUAUAGAUCACUUCCAUCAUUAUUUUUCGGUUCUGUUCCCUGAACCGGUUCCAACCCCUGUUUCAGGCCCCCUUUUUAUUUAUGCUUUUUGAGGGGGAGGAGGGGGGUGUAAUAGUCUAGUGAAGCGAUUGGAGCGAAUUCUCAAUGGAAUUAGAUCACAGACCUAGUUUUGUUGUGGAUAAUCUUGAUUUUAUUGUGUGACCUAACUGAUACGGUUGACUGCACAGUUAAUGUAAUGGGCACUAAACAGACUGAGCCCCGCUCUCUUAUUUACCUCUUUCCAUUUCGCUCUCUCUCUCUCCACCCAGGCAUGGUGAACAGGGAGGUCCUGGAGCAGGUGGAGCGGGGUUACCGUAUGCCGUGCCCCCAGGGCUGUCCCGACUCCCUCCACGAGAUGAUGAAGCUGUGCUGGAAGAAGGACCCCGACGAGAGGCCCACCUUCGAAUACAUCCAGUCCUUCCUGGAGGACUACUUCACAGCCACGGAGCCACAGUACCAGCCCGGGGAUAACCUAUAGUCAGGCCUGGCCGCAACGCAGCCCUUGACCCGUUCACCAUGCAAAGUAUCCCUCCACCCAGGAGGAGCAGACUCCGAUACAGACGCAUGGAGACUAAACGCUAUGAAUAAUGUGCUUCAGAAAAGGCAACUGGAAGCUUGGUUAUCGAGUUGCACAAACCACUGCUGUCCUUGAUGAUAAAAAUAAAUGUGCGUUUUUUUUUUUUACACUAAUUUUCACUGAUCAUUUAAUUUUUUAUUUCAGGUACUACAGGUCUUAGUUUGUAUGACUUUACUCCUUUUGUUCCUUUUGGUUUUUUUAUUCCUCAGUUUCUCACAUGGUUAUAAUGACCAUGUUCUUUUUCAAAGUGACCAAUCAUUCUGUUGUGUUGUUUUUAAAAUCUUUGUUGAACUGUGAAAAUGGCACAUGAGAGAGAUGGGUAGGGGCCCUUGGAAUAAGAGCUCUUCAAAACGGAGGACGAGAGAGAAGGAUGUACUGUAAGUGGCGAAAAUAUUGUCAAGUACUGUGGGAAUAUUUCAGUCGGGAUAAUUCAGUUCUGUGUUCAGUACAUUUCAUCAGCUCAACCGGAAAAUGCUUUUCUUUCUCCUGUGUUUUUCUGAAUGAUUGACUUGAGUGGCGCGGAUCAGGGACAGUUGAAUUGCGUGGGUCCGUCUUGUCUGCUCAUUUUCUAUUUUAUUUGUUGAUUUUAUUCUAUGUAACUGUAAGAAUGAUUCAUAUCAUGGACAUGGUUCAUGUGAAGCCUUCCCUUCGAGUCCUUCAGUUGGACAUUUUUACAACACUAAGGCCAUCAUGUUAUGUGUCCCAGACAGACCAUUGCUAUGCCAAGUUAAAUAACCUCUUUAAAGAUCACUACAGAGCAUUUUCUGCAUAUGUAGCAGUAGGAUGAAGUUGCCACUAGACACUGAUCUUGGUUCAAUUUAGCAUUUAUGGGAAUGGAAGCUGAUCCUAGAUCUGUACC